GCGGCUCCUGUCAGCGGCUGAAAUGGCAGCGGCAGAGCCGGCGGCGGCAGCGGUCCCGGGGGGCGGCUGAGGAGGCCGAGCCAGGGCUGCGAGGCGAGCGGCGCGGCUGGGAUCCGACGGCGCAGCCCAGGACGUCGAGGCUCUGCACGGCGAUGGCGGCGCGCUCGGCGCAGACAGAGCUGUAAACCAGCCCCUCACACAGCUGAUGAGUCUGCCCACCAUGGCAAGCCCCACUCUGAGCCCCGACUCCUCAUCCCAGGAGGCCUUGUCAGCCCCGACUUGCUCCCCCACCUCCGACUCUGAGAACCUCAGCCCUGAUGAGCUGGAGCUGCUGGCCAAACUCGAAGAGCAGAACCGACUCCUGGAGGCCGACUCCAAGUCCAUGCGCUCCAUGAACAGCUCUCGGAGGAACAGUGGCUCCUCCCUGGUGUCCAGCUCCUCCGCCUCUUCCAACCUGAGCCACCUGGAGGAGGACACGUGGAUCCUGUGGGGCCGGAUCGCCAAUGAGUGGGAGGAAUGGCGGCGCAGGAAGGAGAAGCUGCUCAAGGAGCUGAUCCGCAAGGGCAUCCCACACCACUUCCGGGCCAUCGUGUGGCAGCUCCUGUGCAGCGCCACAGACAUGCCGGUCAAGAACCAGUACUCUGAGCUUCUCAAGAUGUCCUCACCGUGUGAGAAGCUGAUCCGCAGGGACAUCGCCCGCACCUACCCAGAGCAUGAGUUCUUCAAGGGCCAGGACAGCCUCGGCCAAGAGGUCCUCUUCAAUGUCAUGAAGGCUUACUCACUGGUGGACCGGGAGGUGGGCUACUGCCAGGGCAGUGCCUUCAUCGUGGGCCUGCUCCUCAUGCAGAUGCCCGAGGAGGAGGCCUUCUGCGUGUUUGUGCGGCUGAUGCAGGAGUACCGCCUCCGGGAGCUCUUCAAGCCCAGCAUGGCCGAGCUGGGGCUCUGCAUCUACCAGUUCGAGUACAUGCUGCAGGAACAGCUCCCGGACCUCAACACCCACUUCCGCUCCCAAAGCUUCCACACAUCCAUGUACGCCUCCUCCUGGUUCCUCACACUCUUCCUGACCACCUUUCCUCUGCCUGUCGCCACCCGGGUCUUCGACAUCUUCAUGUAUGAGGGGCUGGAGAUCGUGUUCCGGGUAGGCCUUGCCCUGCUGCAGGUGAACCAGACAGAGCUGAUGCAGCUGGACAUGGAGGGCAUGUCCCAGUACUUCCAGAGGGUCAUCCCCCACCAGUUUGACGGCUGCCCAGACAAGCUGGUCCUCAAGGCCUACCAGGUCAAGUACAACCCCAAGAAGAUGAAGAGGCUGGAGAAGGAGUAUGCAGCCAUGAAGAGCAAGGAAAUGGAAGAGCAGAUCGAGAUCAAAAGGCUUAGGACGGAGAACCGGCUCUUGAAACAGCGGAUCGAGACCCUGGAGAAGGAGAGCGCUGCUCUGGCUGAUAGGUUAAUCCAGGGGCAGGUGACACGGGCUCAGGAGGCAGAGGAGAACUAUGUCAUCAAGCGGGAGCUGGCAGUGGUGCGGCAGCAGUGCAGCUCAGCAGCAGAGGACCUGCAGAAGGCACAGAGCACCAUCCGGCAGCUGCAGGAGCAGCAGGAGAACCCGCGUCUCACUGAGGACUUCGUGUCCCACCUGGAGACAGAGCUGGAGCAAUCAAGGCUACGGGAGACAGAGACACUGGGGGCCCUCCGAGAGAUGCAGGAUAAAGUUCUAGACAUGGAGAAGAGAAACAGCUCGCUGCCUGACGAGAAUAAUGUGGCACGGCUGCAAGAGGAGCUGAAGGCGCUAAAGGUGCGGGAGAGCGAGGCGGUGGCCUGGGCGCGAGAACUGAAACUGCAGCUGCAGGAGCUCUCCGACACCUGGCAGGCCCAUCUGUCCCGCGGCGGCCGCUGGAAGGAGUCCCCGCGGAAGCUGGUGCUGGGAGAGCUGCAAGACGAGCUAAUGAGCGUGCGUCUGCGCGAAGCCCAGGCCCUGGCCGAGGGCCGCGAGCUACGGCAGCGCGUGGUAGAACUCGAGACGCAGGACCACAUCCACCGCAACCUGCUGAACCGAGUGGAGGCGGAGCGAGCGACGCUUCAGGAGAAGCUGCAGUACCUGGCGGCACAAAACAAGGGGCUGCAGACGCAGCUCAGCGAAAGCCGCCGCAAGCAGGCCGAGGCCGAGUGCAAGAGCAAGGAGGAGGUGAUGGCCGUGCGCCUGCGGGAGGCGGACAGUAUGGCUGCUGUGGCUGAGAUGCGGCAGCGCAUAGCUGAACUUGAGAUCCAGAGGGAGGAAGGCCGCAUCCAAGGCCAGCUGAACCACUCAGACUCGUCGCAGUACAUUCGUGAGCUCAAGGACCAGAUCGAGGAGCUGAAGGCCGAGGUGCGGCUGCUGAAGGGUCCGCCGCCCUUUGAGGAUCCACUGGCUUUCGACGGGCUGGCCCUGGCGCGGCACCUGGAUGAGGACUCCCUGCCGUCGUCAGAUGAGGAAUUGCUCGGCGUGGGCGUGGGCGUGGGCGCGGCCCUACAGGACGCGCUCUACCCUCUGUCGCCGCGCGACGCACGCUUCUUCCGUCGUCUUGAGCGGCCAGCCAAGGACAGCGAGGGCAGCUCAGACAGCGACGCCGACGAGCUGGCUGCGCCCUACAGCCAAGGCCUGGACAACUGAGGCCGUGCCCGCGCGCCCGGAGGCAGAAAGCCGCAGCCGGGGGGGGGGGGUGGAGGGGGGAGGGCGGGGGCGCCCAGACAGUCGGCAGCUGAGCCCUCUGUGGCUCAACCACCCUUAGGGCAAGGCCAGGGUCGGCAGGGCAGAGGGUGGGCCCUGACCUGAGGCUCCUCGGGACCCUAGGGCAGGGUCUCCCUCCCCACGGUGUUGACCCAUCUUGAGGGCUUCUGGAAGGGCUGCCCUCUUGACAGCAAGGGCAGAGGGCAGGUGAUGGAUGACCCACAGGCCCCAGGGACUGAACUGGCAGUAAACUCCCUCCCAGCAGGCUCCCUUCUGGGACAGGGGUGUCCCCUCUGGGAAGGGCCUAGGAGCUAGAAGCCUGAGGACCGAGAGCCAGCUCUGGGCUGGAUAUUAGCACCCUACGAUGCCCCUCGGCACUCAGAGACCCUUAGCUAGACCCUGGCAACCUCCAGACAGCCAGGCUGGGCUUCCCUGCCUGGUGCAGGCAUCAUGGCCCCUGCGGCAGAAACCAAAGUCCCCCCUGCUGUGUGCAGAGCCACUUGGGGUGUGAGUGGCCAGCGGGAAGCAGCCCAGAUCUGAGUGGCUGCAAGGAAGUAGCCACUCCUCUCUCUGGCACCCCACAUCCUCCUCCAGGAGACACAUCACCUCUCUUGGCCAGUGAUGGAAGGGGGUCCUGGGCCUCCAUUCACUUCCCUUACUCCUGGUAUCCCCAGCCCCACCCUCUGGCCAGGGCCAGGCCCCAGGGCAGAAGAUUCCCAGUGGAGUUGUCUCCCCUCCCCUCCUCCUGGUGGCCCUGUGAUCUCUACUGAGUCACAGCUGAGAAUGGUGCCAAAAUCCAAUGCACCCCGCUCCCAACACCCCUUCCCCUCCUCCCACCCCUGAGUAGAGAGUGAAGUAGUGUCACAAGCAAUCUCCCUGGCGCUUCCUGGGGUGGGGACCCCUGCUCAGUUCCCCCCUUCCUGGUCACCUACUCUUCAGUAUUAAACACCCCGGGGACCAGGGUGGGCACUGCGGAGCUCUCUGAUGGGCUCACCACACUGCCCCCCACCAUUUUGCACACUGCCUGAUCACACUCCACAUGUCGCCCAGGUGGGAAAGAUGGAAAAUAAAGUGUAUUUACACAGUCUG